AUGCUCUCUUCAUGCAGUUUUCAUGAACCGCCUGUGUCUGGUCAUCAGUCAGUGUUAACAGCUACUAGUGCAUAUGCAGAUGAUUCGCUAAUGUCUUCUGCCGCUGCUUCACAAACGCAACGUGGUAUGACCCAAUCACAAUCCUCAUCUGGCUUAAAGUCACGUUUAUUCAAUGCACUCGGUCUACAACAGCAGCAACAGCAAUCACCGCAAACAUGA